AUGGCAUCCAACCGCAGCAUGCUAGAUCGCCUAAACUGCAGGCAGGUGCUGAGUAUCAUGGUGAUCCUGGGCUUCAUGCUGAACUACAUGCUGCGCGUGAAUCUCACGAUAGCGAUCGUCUCGAUGGUGACGGCGAGCAACAGCAGCCUGUCGUCGCAUGCCAACGAGUCGGCGUUGGUGGACGAGUGCGGCGCCCGGGCGACGGUGACGAGCGACGUCAGCCCGAUCGGCGACACCAGAGGCCCGCCGCAGAUCGACGUCGACGCUGCCGCUAAUAGAGUCAACGAGGCGAACAGCACUGCGCUCCUAUCAGCGUUUCCACAGCGAUAUCGGGAAGAACGACCUCAGAUCAAGUACCCGUGGAACGAGUACGAGGUGAACUUGAUUCUCGGCAGCUUCUUCUGGGGUUACAUCUGCACGGAGCUGCCGGGCGGCCGGCUCGCGGAAAUUAUCGGCACCAAACGAGUCUUCGGCUACAGCAUGCUGAUAUCGAGCUUCAUCACCCUGCUGACGCCGUUGGCUGCUACGCUCGGCUACGAGGUGGUCGCGGCGCUGAGAGUCGUACUCGGAUUUAUGCUGGGUGCCACCUGGCCUGCGAUCCAGCCGAUGACUGCUCGAUGGAUUCCACCGAUGGAGCGUAGCAAGUUCGUCUCUAACAUGAUGGCCUCGUCGCUCGGCGCCGCGAUAACCAUGCCGAUAUGCGGCUACCUCAUCGCCUCGCUCGGUUGGGAGUCGGUCUUCUACGUGACCGGCGCGAUUGGCAUUAUAUGGAGCGUGGCAUGGUUCUUGCUGGUGUUCGACUCGCCGUCGCAGCAUCCGCGCAUCAGCCACGAGGAGCGGUGCUAUAUCGAGGACUCCAUCGGGACCACCGCCACCACUAAGCAUCUGCCAGUACCAUGGCGCUCCGUCCUCACCUCGGGACCCGUCUGGGCAAUCGUCGUGACGCACGCGUGUAGCGUCUUUGGUUACUUCACCGUGGUCAAUCAGCUGCCUACUUACAUGAAGUACAUCUUACACUUCAACAUCAAGGAGAAUGGCCUGCUGUCCUCGCUGCCGUAUCUCGGCAAAUACAUCUUCGCAGUGUCCAUGUCCGCCUUGGCCGACUACUUGCGGCGCACCAACAAGCUGUCCGUCACGGCAAUACGGAAACUGUUCACUACGUUCGCUGUGCUGAUACCUAGUAUCCUCAUGGUGUUCCAAGCGUAUUACGGUUGCGAUCGCACAGCUUCGGUCGCCAUCUUCACCGUCGCCCUGACGAUCAACGGCGGCGUGACGGCCGGCUACUUGGGCAACGGUCUCGACAUCGCGCCCAACUUCUCGGGAACCAUAUUCGGCAUCGCCAACACCUUCAGUUCAUUGGGCGGCUUCAUCAGCAGCUUCAUGAUCGGCACCAUCACGUACCAGAACCAGACCUACACACAGUGGACCAUCGUGUUCUGGACCUUGGCGGCCAUGUAUUGCAUCGGCGCAAUCGUCUUCGUGACUUUCGGCACCGGCGAGCUCCAGAAGUGGAAUAACCCGGUGAAGAACGUGACGAAGAACGGCAUCGCCAUCGAGGACAGCAGCAACUUCGUCGAGUCGCUGCCGCUCAAAAACAAGAAGACGAUUUCGUAGCGGCGCAUGCGUCCAAGUCGAUGGAGAGAGGUUGCGAGAGGUGGAUGCGCGCGACGAUGACGACGAUGACGAGGACUUCGACCGUUGUCCCGAUUCGCGCAACUCGCGACCGACGCGAUGUAUAUUCCAGACGGGACAGUAUUCGUUUUUAUUCUCCGCGACAUUCACAAGGCGGUCGGUAAACGCUUAAAGACCCUUCAACUUGGUGGUAGCCAACGUGAGAUAGUAGCCGAGUCGGCUGUUUCUCACUGCCUAGGUAGGUUCGCGCUUAGAGAAUCAGAAGGACGCGUCUUUCACUUCCUUACGAGGUGGAUGGUAAUUUAUUGUCGCGAUUAUUCGCCGUUUUGUACACUUAGUCGCACGAGAAUCCGAAAGAAGAAAUUAUACCGAUGAGCCACAGCCUUUGAUCUUUUUUUUUUAUAAUUUUUAUUAUUACGUUAGGUUCGCUUAUCUUUAGUUCCGCCAAGUCCAGGGUUGGAUGAUGUGGGAUGAUUCAAAGUACGUAUUUACUCACUUUUUAUCAAACCGAUAUGUUGUAACAAGUGCGAUUACCAAAGAGAACGAGAGUGACGGCGGUUUAGCUUAGACUAAGCGUUUACACGACAUCAUCUGUUGAUACGAAUUUAUAAAUAAAUGUGCGAUUUUUAACAAAAGUGCUUAAUCAGAGAAACCACAGCUCACGCUUGGGAGAGCUGUAUCAUCUGGAACCGUCUGUACUCGUAUAUUCAAUCACUGAUGAUCAGUGGAACUUUUAUCACCGCCUGCCGCGCACCAGUUUUUAAAUUUUUUGACAAAUUGUCUUCAGUCUGUCCUGUUGGAAUUUUCAUUUCUCGAUGAUGUAAUUCGUCGUUAGAUCGGGGCGACUUACGUGAUAAAUAG